AGAGAAAAAAAGCGGAACUCUUGUUUCACUUAAGUUAAAAUCCAAAACCAUCAGUUUUGGGGGUUCUUGAUUCAUUUGUUGUUCUUUGGGUGGAAACGAUCCACAUCGAGGCUCAGUCCCAACCCCGCGUGUGUACAGUUGGAGAAUGCGGACAGGAGGGGUGGAGUUUGUUGCGUUUACUUUUCCAAGCGGCUCAGACAGAAGAAGCUCAGUCUUUGCCUGGAGAGCAGCUCAGAUGAUGAUGCGUCCUGGCGUGUGAGCCCACCUCAGACCCCGCAGCCGCAGCCACCUCCAGCAUCCAACUUUCCAUGCUGCUGGCCGUCCAGCGGAGCUCGUCUACAGGAGGUUUGACUGGACCGCGUCCGCCUCUGCCCGCUGCGCUCCGGGUCGCCACCCUCGGCUCUCCGGGUUCAGGAGGGGGAGCUGGCCGGGCUCUGCCGCGCGCAUGGAGGGGGACGUUAUGGACAAGGUGGAGGCCACGGCCACGGUCUGUGACUUCGACCCCAUGAGUGGGAGCAUCCCCGCCACCAAAGUGGAGAUCACCGUGUCCUGCAGGAAUCUUUUGGACAGGGACACUUUCUCCAAAUCAGACCCAUUGGUCGUGCUAUACACCCAGGGUGCAGAGUCCAAACAGUGGAGAGAGUUUGGGAGAACAGAGGUGAUAGACAACACACUAAACCCAGACUUUGUCAGGAAGUACAUUCUGGACUACUUUUUUGAGGAGAAGCAGAACCUGCGCUUUGACGUGUAUGAUAUUGAUUCUAAAAGUCCAGACCUGGCAAAACACCCCAACGACUUUAACGACUUCCUGGGACAGGUCUUUUGUACACUGGGAGAGAUUGUGGGCUCGCCUGCCAGUCGACUGGAGAAACCAUUAGUGGGCAUACCUGGGAAGACAUGUGGAACCAUAAUCCUGUCAGCUGAGGAGCUUGGAAACUGCAGAGAUUACGCCUCCAUGCAGUUCUGUGCCAACAAACUGGAUAAAAAAGACUUCUUUGGAAAGUCGGACCCCUUCAUGGUGUUUUACAGAAGUAACGAGGACGGCACGUUCACCAUCUGUCACAAGACUGAGGUGGUGAAGAACACUUUGAACCCUGUGUGGGAGCCCUUUUCCAUUCCUGUCAGAGCACUUUGCAAYGGGGACUAUGACAGAACAAUCAAGAUAGAAGUGUACGACUGGGACAGAGACGGGAGCCAUGACUUCAUUGGUGAAUUCACCACAAGCUACAAAGAGCUCUGCAGGGGCCAGAGCCAGCUAAAUGUGUACGAGGUGGUGAAUCCCAAGAAGAAGCUAAAGAAAAAGAGAUACAUUAACUCUGGCACGGUGUCCUUAUUGUCAUUCAACGUGGAGUCAGAGCACACGUUCCUCGAUUACAUCAAAGGAGGGACUCAGAUUCACUUCACAGUGGCCAUUGAUUUCACAGCAUCAAACGGAAAUCCAUCGCAGUCCACUUCGCUGCACUACAUGAACCCUUAUCAGAUGAAUGCCUAUGCCAUGGCUCUGAAGGCUGUUGGGGAGAUCAUCCAGGACUACGACAGCGAUAAGAUGUUUCCUGCCCUGGGAUUUGGUGCUAAGCUACCGCCUGAUUGGAGGGUAUCCCAUGAGUUCCCACUGAAUGGCAACGUUGAGAACCCGUACUGUAAUGGUAUCGAGGGGAUUCUUGAAGCUUACCACCAAAGCCUUAAGACGGUUCAGCUGUACGGACCCACCAACUUCGCUCCCAUCRUUAAUCAUGUGGCAAAGUAUGCAGAAGCAGUUCAGGAUGGAUCUCAGUACUUCGUCCUCCUCAUCAUCACUGACGGAGUCAUCUCAGACAUGGCUCAGACCAAGGAGGCUAUUGUGAAUGCAGCCAAACUCCCCAUGUCCAUCAUCAUAGUUGGAGUUGGCCAAGCUGAGUUCGAUGCCAUGGUUGAGCUGGAUGGUGAUGACGUCAGAAUCUCCUCCCGAGGAAAACUGGCAGAAAGAGACAUUGUACAGUUCGUGCCGUUCAGAGACUACAUGGACCGAACCGGUAACCACGUGCUCAGCAUGGCGCGGCUGGCUAAAGACGUUCUGGCUGAGAUCCCCGAGCAGCUGAUCUCCUACAUGAAGAGAAGAGCCAUCAAACCCAACCCGGUCCCUCCGGCUUACUCGACGUGUGUCCCCCCUGAGACAGAAUCCGUCUGAGUGGCCCUCCCCCUCCUCCACCAGUACAGCUCAGCCUUGAGCGAGUCCAGAUCAGCAUGAACAGGAAGUGGAAACACUUUCUGUGGCUCUUUUCACAAAUCUUACCCUGACAAACAACYGGCUGAGGAUGAUGAUGAGGAUGAGACUCUCUGCUGCUGGAGAACCUGUUGAUAAUCAGGGAGUGUUUUUCGUCUCUGCGAUCUUAAGGAUGAGAGCGUUGAGAUUAGACCGGAGUGAAAGGAGGUUUUAGUCUUUUGCUGUCAAACCUGUCGAAGUGAUGAUGUAAUGGAUAAAUCCUGCAGAGAGGGGACUGCUUGAAAGCAUAAAAUAUAUUAGGACGUGUGUAUCAUGUUUGUGAUAUCUUUUGGAGUCAACGUGUGUUAAUCUAAGAAAUCAUAUGAUACUAAUUUUUUUAACGUAUUUAUUGCAGAAAUAAUUUUAUUCCUUUCAGGGGACUUUAAAUGAUGGCGGUUGAAGUUGUACAGAAACAUACCUUGUAGUUUUCCAUCAGAUAUUUUGUGAUGAGCRUAAGAGAACCGAUCCCCAUUUCUACUUUGAUAAAAACUGUAAGAUAAACGCAUGUGAGAAAACCUUAUCCAGCAGUUUAGGAAUCAUUUUCACAUUUGAAGGUUUUUUGACUGCUGUAGUUGUAAUAUAAAAACAACCAUCAUAGAGGACUUUUUUCAGAACCACGUCUUAUACAUACAGUAUUUCUAAUAUUUAUAUGAACAAAAUGCACUAAUUACUGUCCAAAUAAAAGCACAAAGAGAUUUAACGUAAUUCAGAUGGAAACCCAACCACAAUGAAAAUAACAAAAUCACAUAAUAGAUUAAAAAACAGAUUUGGAGUUCAUUUAAUAUACAUUAUGUUAAAUAUGCUCAAAACUUAAGAAAAAAUAACAAAUUUUUUCCAUAAAAGCUGUUUGUUUACACGAAAAAAGGAAUAAUUUAAAGCACAAGUCCACUUUCUCUGUUAGUAUGCAAGGAUGCAGAUUGUUUCUGAGCAAGGCUCAUUUGUCWUCUUGCUGUUUGUGUUUCUCGCUGUUACAUUUUAUUGUGGUUGCACUUCAUUAUCUAGAAUUUCGUUUAAAGCAUCCUUCAGAAGUACUUUUAAAACUUUGAUGUCAGCUUCYACCUUUUCCCCCUCUGUUAGACGUAUUUGUUUUCUCAGAGCGAAGACUGAGGAGUCAUGAUCUCGUGGGAGAGACUUUUUUUUUCGUUAUCUAACAACAACAACAACAACCGGGAGCUCAAACUAAACAGUUAUGAGUCAUUUUAUUUCAGUCUGUGUGUCUGCUGUUGUGAUAAUUUAUACUUUGUCUAAUUAAUAUUACCAUGGUUCCUUAGACAGCCAGACUUGUGCAAAUGCAGAAAGUUAAAAACACCUCAGUGAAAAUCUGUUCUCUCACUUUGGACUCUGUGCUCGCUGUUUUCCAAUUUUUAAACUGAAAUUAUUGUUAAAAAUCACAAACACACAAAAAAAUGGAGCUUUUUAUGUUUAAUGCUGACUURAAAACAUGUUUGAUUAGACACAGAGUGGGACAGAGAUGUCCUGCUCAGUUAGGACUAAAAGCCAAUGAUUUAUAAUGAUCAGAGUGGUGGAUAGCUACAUGUAGCUGAGGUCAAACAGGUUUUAGCAUCAAUCAUUCAGAAAUGUAACAUCUCAAAUCCAUCCUCAGAAAGUAAACAGUUAUCAGUUGAAAUGAGGGUGAAGCUUUCUGAGUACUAGAACCUGUCCACUGGUUUAUGACAUAUUUAGCUAACACAACAAAUAAACAUACAGUCUUGUUAAAAUUGUCUUACAGUAUUUGCAAAAGAAACCUGUUUGGUACAGAUUAUUGUCUUUUUGCCUGWAGCAACAACGAUGCACCAAAGUCUGUCCAUUUUUGAAGGCUCCUUCAGAUGCAGCCCCCAAAUGAGUCCUUUCCCCCCCAGUUUGAGGGAGGGGUCCUUCUMAGCCCACCCUAUCCCAAGAUGCACUAUAGGUCGACCGGGGAUUUUUUUUUUUUUUUUGCAAUGGCGUACUGAGCGAGAUACAGGUGUGCAGUUUUAAAUAGAAGAAGAUUGUUAAUAACUCAUUCAUUCAAACCAAGUGUGUCAAAUCAGGGAAACAUCUAAAACAUGCAGGACAGGAUUCCUGAGGACCAGGGUUGGGAACCACAGACUUAUUUCUUCAAGUAUUACCUCUAAGCUMAUUUUGUUCAUUUAUAAUAUUAAUCUAUUAUUAUUAUAAUUAUGCUAAUUUUGAUCUAUUUUCUAUCUUCRUUGCUUCUGUUUAGUGUCGUCACAGCUGUUAGGCGACAGGACAYAUGCUGGGGUAAGGGUGGGARUAAAGCUGAAGGUUAGACCAUCCAAAUUCACUGCCAUUUUCUUCCAGUUGUUGCAGYUGACAAAGGACCUGGCUCAGGUAAACYGGGUAGGUCGGGUCCUUCGAAAGACCCAGACCCUGAAUUUGAAGUUUGAGCUCAACCGUUUAAUUUGAAACUCCUACGUUUGUCUCAGAGUCUGCAGCACUCAGACACCAGUGUCCAGCUUUAAUCACGUGUUCUAAUUGGAAAAUAGGUGCAGUUUGUUUGUUUUCAUGAGGAAAAUAACAAGUAUGCAAUUUAACACAAUUUGUUUAGAAAAUCGUUGGUUGGUCCUGAAACUGAUGUUUAGCUUUAUUAAACCCAAAAACUUCUAUUCUUUGUUAAAGCCCAGAUUUGCUAAUUUGUUAGAAAACAAACAGAGAGAACAGUUCUUCAGCCUCUGUUUUUACUUUUCUCUCAGCACCAGUUAGGCUAUCCCAAACUCAUUAAGUUACUCCAAGAUACACCAGCCCAUUUUUAAAUUUAAGUUUCUAAAAUCCAUUUGAUCAAUUAUCUCGUACAACUCAACUUAGUCUUGGUUCAAGACUUCUUUUAGAAACUAUGUAUUAAAUUUUGUACACUCUAAUUUACCUUAACUUAUUAUUUUCCUGCUCACUCUCUCCAGUCACUUGAUAUCUUGAUCCAAAUGUGCCUAAUGUAUGGAGACAUAUCCAAAUUCAGUCACCCAGGUGUUGUCUGCGCAGCAGCAGCAGCAGCAGCAGCAGCAGCAGCAGCAGCAGCAGCAGCAGCAGCAGCUCACAUGUCUCACAUCCACACCCAGAAAAUGUUGCAGAUGGUAAAACUGUCACACAGUUGCAGACAAGUGUUGUGUACGUUUUAUACUCACAGCUCUUCACUGAUGAUGUUUGAAUUAAUCAAAUUUGUCCGAGCUUUGUUGUACAGUAUUUAAAGCCAAGACUUGUUUACAAUGAAACUGUGUUCGUGUCACAUUUAGAACAAAGUAAAAACUCACAGGUUUUCAUUGGUUGUUUCAUUGAAUGAACCAGCAUUUAUACAGAUAUUGUCGUGCCACAACAGAAUGUGGUUCUCUCUUUUAUUUUAUGUUUUGUUUUGAGUUUCGAGCAAAGCAAAGUUUAUGUAACAGAGUUUCUUAGCUGUUCUUUAACUCCCGCUGCUCUGAGUGCUCUCAUCGAGCUGAAAGAGUCCAUUUCUGCAGGAAGUCAGUCCAGAGGCACCAAACUCUGUGUCACAGUUCACAACCUUAUUUAGUCUUUCCUUUCCUUUCCUUUUCUUUCCUUUCCUUUCCUUUCCUUUCCUUUCCUUUCCUUUCCUUUCCUUUCCUUUCCUUUUCCUUUACUUUCUGCUCAUUUCCAGCAGUGAUCACCCUCUUCACGAUGAAGCAGAAUUUGGUUCUCUACCAAAGUCAGGUUUAAUUGCACAACACUCAGAAUAGGAAGCAAUUCAGUCCCAAACCAAACAAUACAUUCAUUGUAAGGUAAUAUAUUCACAAGGAACAACAUCUUACUGUAAAUCUUAACUCAAACAUCAGAUUUUAAAAUUUAACAACUAAACACGCAACUGUUGAAAGUUUGAAARUGAAACAGACCUUUUGUUGUCUGUUAUAAUGCGGUAAUUAGAAAAAAAAAUAGAACAUGAAACAUUAAAAUUAGCACCAAUAUGCAGCUCGAGGUGUGUGAGACAAUAAACAUCUAAAAGAAGAAUUGAAAGCAUUAAAUGUGAAGCGGGGGUGCUGCACAUUCCAACUGCAUUUUAUAUAUUUGUUCAGACACUAAAGGAUUUGAAACUGUAUUAAAUGUCUUUUUAUGAGCAGUUUGUUUAAAAUUAGAACAAAAAAAAUACUUUUUUGGUUUGUUUUUGGAAAACCAUCACUCUUAUGCAAUUGUGAACUUAGCAACAGAAUGGUUUAUUUUGUUUUAAAUGUUUGUUCCUUUCUUGUUUUUUGAAGGCUGAACUCUAAAUAUGUACAUAAACCCUGUAUGAAGAUUAUCCAGUGCCGACGUGUUCAGUUGUUGACCUUUAGCCUUUAGACGAUGUGCAUGUUUGUGCCAAAGUGGCAGGAAUUCUGUUUUGGUGGUUUACCUUCAUUUCACCUAAAUAAUGCAUAAAACACAUAAAACACACGUUUUCUUUGUGACACGAGACGUUAUUUGGAAACAAUGGUCUCUUCUAGCAUGUUGCAUCUCUACUUUUCUUCCAUUCUGUUUUCUAAAGAAGAUCCAAACGAGCUGUAUGGGUUCUUGUUGCCACUGCUCCUGUUUAACCCAGGUUGUUUACAUACCUCUCUCGGUCUUUCUGACUUGCAUGCUGAAUUAUUUCCAAACCAAGUGUUGGACACAGAAAUUGUCGUCAUGCUGUGGUUUGUGAAAUGCUUUGUAAUGGAUUGCCUUAACUGAAGAUUAAUAAAUAUUGACAACUUUGGCUGAA